AAAAAAUACCGGUUCAAUCCGGAUCUCUAAUAUUGACGUCAUGGAAUUUUAGUCGAGAAAUUUCGAGAUUUUAAGAGACUGUGGGUGGAAGUAGUCUACGCGGAAGUCGUGUAAAUGUUUACUAUUUCCAUAAGACCCAUUUAGACUCUGGAAAAUGCCAACAAGUGAAGGCACUUUCGAUGUCUUUGCAAAGGCACAACUUCAUGGCAUUUUGCACAAACGACCAGUUGGACAUCAGUCGAACAAAUGGUCUAAGAGGUUUUUUAUUGUCAAAGAUGGCUUUCUUUUAUACUACAGUGAAGUGGAAAUGAAAGACCUGAAAAAAAGGAAAAGAUUUAGCAUUCAUCCUAAGGGAGCAUUGCCCCUUGGUGGCUGUACUAUAGAACCUGCAAAAGAGCCAGGACACAUUCAUAGUAUACAUAUCAAAAACGAUGAGGACUUUGAUGGUGUAGUGGUGAUUGCAGCAGAAACUGAGAUGGAGCAGGAAAAAUGGCUAAAUGUAUUAAGACAGUCGUCUCGAAUCACCUGGCGCAAUGCUCAGCUGGGAGAAGCCAUGAUCCAACAGCUUGAAAAUCAAGGGCUUCAGAUGGCCAGGGAAAAACAGGAUUACUAUGAUCAGCUACAAACAGAGGCUUCAGCUCUACAAGACGAAAAAGAACAAAGAGAGGAAUUGCAAAGAGUAAAAGAAGAGUUAGAAAAGGAAAAACAAGAGUUGGAAGAAUUUACAAAGGGUCUGAGAGAGGAAUAUGAAAAAAUCAAAAAGUAA